UAGUACCAAAAAAGGAACAAAAAAAAAUGGAGUCCUCCGAGGCGAGCUGGAACUCGUUUGAUCCAUCAGUCGCCAUGGAGGACUCCGAGGCGAUGGCCCAGCUGCUCGGGGUGCAGUACUUCGGCAACGAGCAGAAGCAGCCGACGGCGACGGCCAUGUACUGGCCUGGGCAAGACGCUGACCAGUACUACAGCUCGGCGCCGUACUACAUGCAGCACCUCAACUCGUGUGGUGCAAGCUACGACCACGGUUACUAUGGCACCAGCACGGUCACGAUGACGGGCGACUUCUUCGUGCCGGAGGAGCAGAUGGCGGAUCCGAGCUUCAUGCUUGAUCUGAACCUCGACUUUGAGGACCAGAACGGCGACGGGAGCGGCGGCGGCGGCGGCGGUGGCAAACCGCCCGCGUGCAAGAGGAAGUUGGAGCUGGAUCAGAAGGACGAGAGCACCACAAUUUCCGUUACAAAUAAGAAGAAAGGGCGCUCCACGGCAAUGCCGGCGCAGAAGAAGGGCAAGAACGCGCAGUCCAAGAAGGCGCAGAAGGCGGGCGCGUGCAGCCGAGGCAACCAGGAGGAGAGCAACGGCGACGGCAAUGUGCAGAGCUACCUGUCUGACGACGACUCGCUAGAGAUGACCGCGUGCAGCAACGUGAGCUCGGCGUCCAAGAAGUCGUCGUCGGGAGGUGGGCACGGCGGGAAGGCGAGGGCUGGGCGCGGCGAGGCCACCGAUCCGCAAAGUCUCUACGCCAGGAAGAGGAGAGAACGGAUCAAUGAGCGGCUAAAGACACUGCAGAAUCUUGUGCCUAAUGGAACCAAGGCAAGUUACUCAAAUCGCCAGACAAUUAAAAAGAAUCACAUACUAAGAGCAAGCUCUAGUAUAAGGAAAUCGUUCUGAUGCGUGUACGGACGUGGUUCUCAGGUGGACAUCAGCACGAUGCUCGAAGAAGCAGUUCACUAUGUCAAGUUCUUGCAGCUCCAAAUCAAGUUGUUGAGCUCGGACGAUAUGUGGAUGUUCGCGCCCAUCGCUUACAACGGGGUCAACGUCGGCCUCGACCUCAGGAUCUCUCCACCGCAACACUGAAGACUCUGGAGCCGGAACUCGAACAAAGUUUC